UAGCUGCGUGUUUGUGCCAGUUGCUGCUGUUUUGGCGGCGAGAAUACACGAGCUCAUUCGCCUCGUGUUAUUUUGUUCGCUGGUUGGAUAAUCUCCUAAAACUUGUACGGCACGUUUGUAGCCGUUUGGCUCAGAAAUAUGUAAAUCAGCGACAUGAAAUCGAUACAUUCGCGUCCAGAUGAAGACCAACCACGUGGUAGUUAACGUGUUCCCCGCCGCCUCGCUACUACACACAAAAUCACGUUUGUAACGACGUACUUUGUCACAGCGCGUAUUGUUUCCACUGAAUUAUCAUUAGGGAUGAUGUAUUUGUAUAUAUGUCAUUUUUGGGGAACGUAAAACCGGGUUUCGACUGCGGUUUGAGGGUCAAAACGCUUCUUCGCUCAGCAGCCGUCGUUGUGUCGUGUGCUAAAAUUAGCUUAGCUCGGCUAACUGGUUAGCCAUCACUGCGCACUCUUUUUCUCGCCGUGUUGGACGCAUGCUAGCUUCUUUUAGCGCUUUUGUGCUAAUUUGUGCGGUCGAAACACGUCGUUUAGUGCUUGUUGUGGCGGACAUAGGCGUGAAUCUGCGAGUAUCGCGUGGUUAACUGCGUGGUAGCUCGCUGCUAACGGUAGAAAGCAUUGUUCUCCAUGAUGCCAGGGGGCCUGCUGCAGCUGCUGCUGGCGGAGUCACAUUUCACUGCUGCUACCGUCCAGACUGGCGACGCGCCCCCCGGCGGCCAUGUUGGAGGUCCGCAGCUCCUGACUUCAGCAGCUGACAACAGCUGGCUUCGUCUGCGAACUACAAACCCCGACACGUUUCAGGCGUGUGGGACGGAUGAGGUUGUUUUUCUGCGUUGUUUUGUCGGACAGAUUGGUGUCGACAAGCAAUAGAGUAAUCCGGGAUAACACGCCCCCACCAAAACGAUGUUUAUUUUCUUCAAAAGCAUUUAUAUUUCUGAUUAUCUGUGUAAUACAUGCACAGGAAGUAUGCUUUAGUGAACAAAUACAGAGUGAUUAAAUCAGAACGAACUACAAUGUUUUUAUUAUGCAAAAUCCUGAUUAGGUGCGUCUUCUCCUGAGGCCUGUAAUAUAAAGCAAAUUUGAGGUUUAACUGCACUGAAAUAAUGUUUUUUAACAAUGAUUUAUUAAAGUACAUACUAUUAUUUUACAGAUUUACCCUGUUUUAAAAUAUCAGUAUUUUAGAAAUAUAUCCUGUUAUUUGACGGAGGAAAAGUGCACAUUAGGGACUAAAAAAAUAUUAAUGCUUAUUUCACAUCUUCACGGUUUUGUCAAAUUACAUUUAAUAUCUGGUAAAGUCACAGAAAGCUGUAUUAAUUUACAUGGUGACAGGUUAAAAUGAUAGUCAGUUACUGUCAUAUGAGUGAUGACAAGAAAAUGGUAAAAUAUUAGUCACGAAUCAUAAAAUUGUGCCAUUUUUCUUUAUAAAAUUACUCAAACUGAUUAGCUGUUGCACUUCGACUAAUGGUGGAGUUUUAAUUGCUCUUAUUUUGAAGUUAAUUGUCGCACAGCAGUUGUUUCAAAUGGUUUGUCCAUUAAACAGCACUAUGGGACUAAUUUCCUCAAUUGUCCAUUAAAGUCCAGCUAAAUGUGUCCUAUUAUGUGAGCUUGUUUGCAAUAAAUUACUUUUGAGGGAUGAACGGUCCUUGAGCCCUAAAUGAUGCUUAUGCUCCUCAGUCCACUCAUACAUUCAUUGUAUUUGAGCGAGCUAUUCUCAAAGCUUUCAGAGGGCAAUAAAAUUAACACAAAAUGAAUCAGGCAAUUGACUCGCAGCUUAUCUCAGUCAGAAUACAUCAUGGUGAAGCUGUUUUUAUGUUGUUAUUAAAGUGCAUUUUCUCUGCUUUUUAAUGUUAGUCAUUUAUCAACAUAAGGUCGAAAAUAAAAUCUGAUAAUUUAACAUUCAUUGGAGUGUGGCUACAAAAAAUCAUCUUCUGUCGAAAGCAAUUAUUUAGAGCCAUGUGAGCUGUGUCUUCGUCUUGACUUUUUGUCUUGUGGACCUCCCAUUUCUGGUUCUUCUAGUUUAUUUUGGUCAUUUUUAACCUUAAUGGUUCACGUAUUUCUCUCCCUGAGUAAAUAUGACUGAGAAGGUUUAGCUACCAUGACAUCCGACCUCGUGGGAUGGAGGUGCGUAAGGGGCCGCGGAGUUCAGCCAAACUCAAAGACCUCCGUGCAACUUGGCUGAGGAAUGUGAGGAGCUUGGCCAACAUCCCCCUCAGUCCAGAGACGGCUCAGGACCAGGAGAGACGAAUCCGCCGCGAAAUCGCCAACAGCAACGAACGCCGGCGUAUGCAGAGCAUCAAUGCAGGAUUCCAGUCCCUCAAAACACUCCUGCCACACACAGAUGGAGAGAAACUCAGCAAGGCGGCCAUUCUGCAGCAGACAGCCGACUACAUCUUCACCUUGGAGCAGGAAAAGACACAGCUCCUGGCACAGAACAACCAGCUCAAACGCUUCAUCCAGGAGUUUAGCGGCUCAUCACCUAAAAGGAGGCGAGCAGAGGAGAAGGAUGAAGGCAUCGGAUCUCCAGAUACACUGGAGGAAGAAAAGGUCGAAGAGCUGAGGAGGGAGAUGCUAGAGCUUCGUCAGCAACUGGACAAGGAACGCUCGGCUCGUAUGCAGCUGGAGGAGCAGGUGCGCUCUCUGGACACCCAACUGCACCCGGAGCGUCUGAAGGUGAUCACCCAGCAGGUGGAGGAGGAGCAGGCACUCAUCCAGAGCCAGACGCUGUUACGGCUACAGCAAAUCCACGCCGCGGACAGACAAACGCACAGUCCACAGGUGCUGGCUUCUCCCACUCCCCCCGCCCCGACCCACCACCCCACGGUCAUCGUCCCAGCUCCAACACUAACCCAGCACCCCCACCAUCACGUCACUGUGGUGACCAUGAGCCCAUCUGCCCACACCAGCACGGUGUCUACAUCCAGACAGAAUCUGGACACCAUUGUGCAGGCCAUCCAGCACAUCGAACGCACUCAAGAGAGGAGAGCAAGCGCCGAGGAGGAGCAGAGACGAGCCGUCAUCGUCAGCCCCGCCCACGUCACCAUGGACACCGCCUGCUCAGACACAGACACGGACACAGAGGGAGAGGACUGCUCGAUGAACUGAUCCACCCCCAUGAACUCACACCUACACACACACAAACACUUAAAAUACCUACUCACUGUAAGAUUCCCUCCAGGAGCUUGACUACUUUUUAAAAAAAAAAAAUCUCUCUUUGGCAUUAUCCAAACUCCUAAAUCCAGUGGUUAAGCUCUGUGUCAGUCUUGUACUGUAAAAUCUCUGAAUAUUGAAAAAAUGGAUGGUCAGCUUUCAGAGGAGGCCCUGUGGGAUUUCUAGAGGCAGUUUUUCAAUGUCAGAGCCGGUCUGUGGCUACUUGAAAACUUGGGGGUCUUUUCGUGUAAAAAGCUGUCAGCAUCAGUCCGCCCUUCAUGCGUCUUUUUGUGUGCUACAUACAGUCGCAGUAUCAAACUUUACCCCUCGUCUCUAGCACACUGACAGUAUUACUUGUGCUACACAUUGAUGGAGUCGAGUUGAAUGUAACAACACAAUAAGCAAGCAGCUCUUGAUUCUGAAAUGCGGUAUUGAGUUGCAGUUUCUUCCCCAGUUGUUUUUUUUUUGUGUGUGUAUUUUUUUUUUUUUUUUUUUUAGUGCCUGUGGCCAUUAAACCCAACAUAAAGUAGCUAUUUCUAAAUUUCAGAAUUUGUUAAAAAUUCUUGGAAUUGCAGAGACUAAUUUGAGGAUACACAUAAAACAAAAUUAUGUCUGAUUUACUUGAAAAAAAAUGUUGUUUUUGAUAUCUAAAUAAGCCCUUAAAAAAUAAGCUGUUGAACAACUUACAUCGGUCGUCUUUUGGUUGUCGUGUUUUCCAAGUUUUUGUUAGCAUUUACUUUGUGUCAGGGUUACUGAAUGCUGAAGGUAAACAUUUUGUUAUAUCGAGAUUAACAAAUUGGAGGUUUUCACAGGGAACCGGUUGCCCUGAGACGAAUUUCAUAAAGGUCUGAUUUCAGUUGUGAGCCAACCAUCCCCUUCAUUUGUUAUCUACUAGUGACAAUGUGUGUCGUACUAUGAGAAAAGAACCAAAUGUUGGUUCAUUGCCGCAAAACAUUUACCAGCAUUUUGUGAAUGUCUGAUGUUGAUUUAUAAUCCAUCACAGACAAUUUGACUGAAUCAGACUCGCAUCAGAGAAGUUUGGCUGAUGAGAAAAUCUGAAACAGAUUUGGAUGAUUCACAUGCUACCACAGCAUGCAGGCUUCCGGUGUCCCUCCAAAGACUGUCUUCUGGUCUUGGUUUGUUGAUUUCAGUGACUAUGCACUAGCGUUUUUGGUAUUUAUGCAAUUCCAUCUUCAGUACAUUUGUUGGUGUCGUUUAUACACGAGGGGAAGUUCUCUAUGCACCGUUGAUAGGUGUGUGCGUUACGCCUACAGUAUAUGUAUGAAACUUGACAUGCUCGUAUCAAAGAAUGUAGUCUCUGCUUGCAAGGUGCUCUUUGUCAACCUGGUGCUCUGCUGAUGAGCAGUAAGCUGAGGCCAAAAUCAUUCACGUAACAGUUAAUCACGUUUCCUGAGUGUGCCUGAUAUUUGUAAUUUCCGCAUUUUAGGAAGAAUAGAGGAGUUGCGAUGUUUGCUCAUGUGCAAAAGUAACUAUCAGAACACAGCAGGAUCGCGUCUGACUGAACUCAAAUUCAGAUAGCAUCAUUUUGGAAGAGAAUUCAAGAAUAAGUAGAUUUAGUUGUGAAACUAAACAUGUAAGCAAUAGCAAUCUCAACAUACCGCAAAAAAGUGCAAACUCAGUGUUUGGUGAGACAAACUAAAAUGAAAAGCACUGCAGAUCUCCCACCCACAAUCCCUCCAUCUCCCUUUCUCUCUAAAACGCACCACGUCUGUCCACCUCAUGUUAAGUUGCUUAUGUUUCUCUCGGGAAUUUGACUGGAAACCCCUGCUACGAGCCUCUCAUACUGUCAUACUCGAUUCGAUACGCUGACUUGAUGCUGUAAACAUUCCUUUUAUUUGGAUUUGUAACUGUCUUUUGAUCUCGUGUAUGUUCUGUUGCCAACUGAAUGGAUAUUACUAAUUGCUGUUUUCUCUUGUCCGAAGCAGGCUUUUGUUAUGACAUUCUGUUUAUUUUUUGUGGGUUUCUUUUUACUUUCCUUUCCAUGAACACAUGACUGAUGCGUUCACUGACACUGUCUUGUAUGAGAUGUGUGGACAAUAUUCACUCACUGGCAUCGGUUUUGAUUAGAUUAGUAUUUUCAUGCCAAACAUGGGGGGGAUUUUUCAUAUUUUGUUUGUGAAGCUUUGUUAAGGGGUUUGAUGUUGUGCUGACAAAUGUUAAGCCACAGCUUGCAUUUAAACUGUGGUUUAUUAUUAGUCGGAGACAACGCUUCACCCCCUAAUGUUUCUGUACAUUGUGUUGCAGCACUGCUGUCUUUUGGUGGAGUUUGAGAUAUGUGAUAUGAAGCACUUGCUGUUCUGUACUGCCUGAAUCAAUUAUGAGGAAGAUUCUUUUGCCAUUUAUUUUUCGUAAGCUCUUUGCCGUGAUGCAAUUUAACAUCUGUCUAUGGUGUUCUGCUCUUCUGUCUUUUCAUUUGUCUUUCUUGUCCUGCUUUCCAUUUUUUCAGUGACAAGCUUUUUUUAUAUUUUGUGUGAUUUUAGUGUUUUUUUUCCAUCAGUCCAGGUCGAUGAGAAGCUGUUAUAUUUUGUUUAUAAAAAAAAAGUUGGGGUAAACAGGCCUUUGUAAAGAUGAAAAAAAAAAUAAAAUUUGUACUUUUUUAUUACA